AUGGCGGACCAAGAAGGAAUCUACAGAACUGCGGAUCGUGACAAAAUAAUAAUAGUUGGUAACCAUCAUCAUCAAUCCUUAACAAUUGGCAUAACAAAUCUGGUAAUCUCAACAAUCUGGCAAUAUCGGAAAACCGAAAUAAUAAAUUUUAAUUUUGAUAAUCCUUCUAUUAUAACACGUGCAAUAAUGCACGUCUAUAUAAGAGGACGUGAAUGGGUAAGAAUAAAUAACCCCAGUUUUUUGGAAAAAGUUAAACUAAGAGGUAGCCAUAAAGAUUUCCAAGAAAUAAUAAUUAUUAUUAGUAGAGUAACGCGAUGUUCAGAUUCUAUUGAAUUCACUCAUAGCACUAAACUAAUAGAAUCACGGCAAAAAAUACCAAAUGGAAUGGGGAAAUGGGUUCAAAUAGAGUUAAAGCAGCUUACUGCUCAUUUAAUGGAAGAUCAUAACAGAACUUUCGGAAUUAUAGUUAAAGGAAAGGACUACUGGAUGCAUCGUUUUAUUGUCACAUAUGAUGCUACACAACACAAAACUUAUUCCGCUCAUAUUGAACUGUAUACAAAGGACAAUCGCCGAAUUAGAAGAAGUACUUCCCUAGACUGCCAAGAAAGUGAAAAUGAAGUACGCUGUUGCCGUUAUCCUUUAAAGGUUAAUUUCACUGACUUUGGAUGGCAUUUCGUUGUCGCACCAACUUCAUUCGAUGCUUAUUUCUGCAACGGAGAAUGUAAAGUUGGUUACUUGGAACAAUACACACAUACACACAUAGCUUCAUUAACCACAUCCGCUAAACCUUGCUGUUCUCCUACUAAAAUGAGUCCUUUAAGCUUGUUAUAUUUUAAUUUUAACCAAAUAUUAAUGCAUAGUACAAUACCAAAUAUGUCUGUUGAAAAAUGUAGCUGCUCUUGA